AUGGCAAGGAGAAAAGCUCGUACAUUUGAAGGAUGCUGGACAUGUAGAUCAAGAAAAGUCAAAUGUGAUUUAACAAAACCUCAAUGUAAUCGAUGCUUAAAAUCAAAUCGGACAUGUCAAGGUUAUGAAAUUAGAUUAGGAUGGUGUCAACCAAUGAUAUAUGAUCAUAAUGAUAGUACUACUAAUGCUAAUGAUUAUAAAUUUUUAAAUAAUGAAGAAUUUGAAAAAGAUUUAGAUAAUUUCCAACGACGGAAUGUUGAAUUAGUGAAAUAUCCUAAACAUAUGAAAUACGAAACUUAUGAACAAUUAAAUUAUAUUUUAAAUCAAUUUGAUAAUUUAGAAAUGAUGAAUAAUGAAGAUAAUAAAGAGAAUGAGAAUACCAAUAUUGAAAAAGAAUUUACUAUUGGACCAUUUAAAUGUAUUAAAUGGAAAAAUAUCAAUAUAAUGAAUUUAAAGAAAACAACUAAUAAUAAAAUCAUGAAAAAAUCCUCGAAACUCAAAUCUCAGAUUAAACCACAGAAUGAUAUUAAUACUCUGAAUAAAGCAACAUCAAAGACAAAAGCAAAACAUUCUACUUCAAUUGAUAAUGAUAAUAAUAAACUACCUAAUACUACGAGUAAUAAAAUAAUUAAUGGUAAUAUUAAUAUUUAUUCAGAUUUAUUAAAUUUUGCCAAAUUAACUAUUGUUGGUAUAAAAGGUCCUAAAUAUAUUAUAACUGAUCAAACAAUUUAUCAUAUAUUUGAACCGGAAUUUUUCCCUAAUGUUGAUUCUGAUGAUGAUUGGUUAAUUGAUAUUAAUGAAUAUCUUGAUAAAUUAUUUCAACAACAACAACUAAAAAGUAAUUUAUCAUUGUCUGGAAAAGAUAGUAGAGGUGAUAGUGACGGUGGAUUGAUAAUAACUUCAUUAUUACAAAAAUUAUUAAAUAAUUUUAUUAAUCGAUGUAAUGAAAUUUUAAAUUUUAAUCGAAUGGGAUUUCAAUUUAAUUAUAUUGAUAUUUUUAUAAUACCAUUUAUUCAACGAAUUUUUGGGGAAUUGAUUUGUUGGGAUUUGAAUGAUAUUAAAUCUACUCAAUUAAAUCAAACCUUGGUAAUAAAUAAUGAUAAUCAAGAAGAACCAGAAGAAGAAGAAGAAGAAGAUGAUGAUGAUAAUGAUGAAAUUGGGGAUAAGCAUAUAAAUAUAAAUAUUGAUGAUGUUUUCCGAAAUAUUAAAUUGAUUAUUAUUUAUUUAGUUUUAUCAUUAUCUUCAUUUCAAUUAUCAACACCAAUAAAUAAUCAAUUUAAUAUGGAUGAUUAUUUAUUAUUAAGUAUUCAUUUAAGAAAAUUAGCUAUGAAAAUGUUGAAUUAUCAUCUUGAUGAAUCAGAUACAAUAAUAGAACAACUUGAAGAUUUACAGAAAAAAGAUACUCAUUUAAGAAAACAUAAUUAUAAUUUGGUGGGAGAUUAUUCUUGUUAUAUAUUAUUAGCAUUAAUAUUACAAAUUGAAAUUGAUACAUAUUUAUCAAUAUUUGAAAAUUAUGAAUUAAUUUAUGCUAUUGGUGAUUUUAUAAUUGAAAAAAACAAUUUUAAAUCGAAAAUUUUUAUGGUUAAGAAGAAAAAUAAAUUGAAUCCAUUAUUGAAUUUAUUAAUUAAUAUAUUUAAAAUUAAAUAUAUUUUUUAUGAAAGUACUCAUUCGAUAAAUUUAUUUAAUUAUCAAAUAAAUCAACAAGAUGAAGAAAUCAAUUAUCGAGAUUUGAAUGAAAAUUAUGAUUUAAUAAGUACUUCAAGUUUAAGUGAUAAUGAAAUUGAAGAUGAAGAAGGGGAGGAAGAAGAAGAGGAAGAGGAGGAGGAGGAGGAGGAAGAUAAACGACAGAUUAAACCAACAAUUAAAAAUUUGAUUAUAUCUAAUGAUUCAAUAACUACAACAUAUGAACCAAUGUCAUAUACUAUUAGUUUUAAUAAAGAAAAUUCCAAUGGUUGUAACAAUACAAAAGAUCAACAGAAACAGAAACAAUUAAAGAAAGUUAAAACUAGCAAUAAAAACAACAACAACAACAACAGCAACAACAACAAUAAUAAUAAUAAUAAUAAUAAUAAUAAUAACAAUAUCGAUAACAAAUUCAUACCUGAUGAUAAUUUUACUAAUGAAUUAGAUAUUAAUUAUAUUUAUUUAAUGUAUGGUAUUCCUAAAUCAUUAAUUGAUUUAUUUUAUGAAAUUAUUCAUUUAACUAAUCAUAAAAAUAUUUUCCAAAGACGUAAAGUUUUCCCACGUAAUUUUCCUAAAAUUUGUGCUGAAUUUGAAGAUAAAUUAAUUAAUUGGUCAAUUGAAAAUGAUCUGAAUUGGAAAUUGACCAUCACCCAUCUUAAUAACAACAAUGAAUCAUUUUUGGAAUUAUUACAAUUAAAUAUUAUUUGUUUCCAUCAAAGUUUAAUUAUUUAUUAUAAUCAAUUAUUGAAAAAAAAUUGUAAAUUACAAGAUUAUCAAGAUUUAAUUGAUAAUAAUUUAAAUAAUUUCCAAAAAUUAUUAUUUCAUCAUAAUAAACUAUACUCACAACAACACGAAACAAAUUUUCAUCUUUUAUUUAAACCAUCAAUGUGGAUAUUAUUUAUAAUUGGAUCAAGUACAAUUAAACCAACUAUACAAUCUAAAAUUAAAUCUAUUUGGCAAUCAAUUGAAAAUGAUUAUAAAUUCAAUGGGUUAGCAAAUUAUUGGCGUUGUAAACAAAUCUUAUAUGAAAUUUGGAAUCGACGGGAAAUCGAUCAUCAUAAUAAUAAAUCUAUGACAAACCAAGAUAACAGGAGUGAUACUAAAGCAAGCACUACUGUUGGUAGUGGUAGUAGUAGUGGUAGUGGUGGUGGUGGUGGUAAUGGUAGUGAUGGUAAUGGUGAUGGAGAUGAUGACAACUUUGGGUUUAUGACUAUGAUUAGAGAAUAUGGAAUUGUAUUAAACUUAGGAUAA